AUGGACGUUGUACCGUCGCUGCACGCCUGGUUACUCUCCUUGGACCAGUCUGUCUCUGGAUCUCUCGGCUUCAAACAGCUCUUGAUGUUCAUAAACCUGGCAUCACACUUGAAACGCGAGAUUCUCUUGACACAACCUGCUGGGCAGAACCCGUCUGUAGCUCCUUAUGCCUUGCCGCCCGCCGUUACGACUUUUUUGGGAACAGCGACCUCCAUUCCAAUCGGUUUUAUUCCUGAUCUCUGGUUCCGCCUCAGGGAAUUCAUCUGGAAUCGUGUCGGGUCUACAGAGCCUUUGGAGGAGCUUCCAGAAGAUGAGCAUGACCGGAUGUUGACUUGUAUCCGUUACGGCCAACCUGUUGAAAUUGCAUGUGCGAUCAACUAUCACCACAACUACUCCGUUCACGAAGGUUCCCGCACCUACUACGACAAUAUUCCAUCCAUUUUGCAAAUAGGAGAGCAUCAGUUUGCGGAAACACGCCUCAUCAACUCUUGGAUCAACCUUAUGCUCGUUGCAUGGGUUUCCGCUUCGAACUGCGCUAACCAUUAUAAUGCAACAAUGUUUAAACACAAGGGGAGAAAUCUUCUGAAGGAGACCGGCUGGCAAUUCCAAACAACCAUGACUCAUGAAUUGGUCUACGACGCUUUUACUCUCCUGUCUCUCUUGGAGGACUGUCAACGGCGAGAACAGCAUCUUAUCCUACCACAUACCGGGACCCAAUACGAGAGGAUGAAGAAAGCCGUGGACGACGUUAACACUCGGCGACGUUAUGUCCAUCCAUAUCUUAAUCACAGCUGUGAUUUAUGCACCCGACGAUACGAUGAUAAGGGGCUCAAAGUUACAGCGGUUGUUAUCGAUGGAAUCACUCUUGGACAUCCCUGCUGUGCUGUAUACAACUGCAAGGUUGAUCUUGAGAAGACGACCCAUCGGUAUUGCCCCCAGCACCGACACAUGGACCGUGAAUGCAUGAUCGUAGGCUGCACAUCACAGCGUGCUGCGGGUUCGAAGGCCUGUUCAGACGACCGUCACCGAGAAGUCAUCGAGAUCUAUGAACUGCGUGGUACUGCUCGCUUUCAGCUCCAACAUCAGCUCAAGCGAUCUCGAGUGGCUAAUCCGGAGUCCUCUGCGCCAUCCUCUGAGGCUGAUAUCCAGCAAACCAUCCAAGAGGGAGAACUCGAGCUUAAUGCCCUCAAGGUACAGGGACGUGCGAGGACGCAUAAUGAGCAGAUAUUCAAUUAUCCUUGCGGUAUAAUCAUUGGACGUGAAUCCUUCUUUGGAGCAGAAGGCCCCGGCGCUGUAAUCGAAGCCACAAAACGAAUAUUCCGGCACGGACUCCCAGAACAUAUACUUUUCGACAACAACUGCACCCUAAAGAAGAUGGUGAAAGACGACCCCGAUUUCGCUAACGUUGGUCUCACAGUGGAUGUUUUUCAUUUCAAAUGCAAGCACUCGCAGCUCGACACAUUCUGUCAAGAACACUGCAACCCCGAGUCCUAUCCAGAGCUCAAGAAGGAGGGCGGAAAGGGUUGGUUUUUCAACUCAUCUAUAGCUGAACAGACCAACGUGUGGCUAGGUGGUUACCACGCCAUUUGCCGCACAAUGUCAGCAGCAAGGUACAAUUUCUUUUUAGAUGAAAUGAUUGAACGUCGCAACCGCAACACCAUUUCCAAGCUUCGUGCAAUGGGCGCUCAUCCGAUUACUAUAGACCGCAACUUGUAA